GAUGGGGAACUACGUGGAUGACAAUAUACCACAAAUACCAGAAAACGGCCACCACUCCCAAAUGAACACUCACUCACCCAUCAUCUUUUGGCUAAGCUUUCCUUUCUACCAAAUGCAAAAACAACACAGAUAAUAAUGGCAUGCACACAGCUCUGCCACCAAAUUCUCCGGCCAAACACUGCUUUUUGUGCCACUUCUCGGCGACUUAACACCUCAGGAGCCACUACCCUUACAUUCCCAGCCUCCAAGAGAAAUUUUAGCCUUGCCCACAAUUCCAAGUGGGCUGUGAAACUAAGCUUGGUGGAGCAGAGCCCAAAGAAGUCGACUGUAAAUAUCCAACGGCUGGUUGAUUUCUUGUAUGAGGAUUUACCCCAUCUCUUUGAUGAUCAGGGAAUUGAUCGGACGGCCUAUGAUGAACGUGUCAAGUUCAGGGACCCAAUUACUAAGCACGAUUCCAUUAGUGGGUACCUGUAUAACAUUGCCCUUUUGAAGAAUCUCUUCAGGCCUGACUUUCUUUUGCACUGGGUCAAACAGACAGGUCCAUAUGAAAUAACAACAAGGUGGACUAUGGUUAUGAAGUUCAUUCUUUUACCUUGGAAACCAGAGUUGGUUUUUACAGGAACCUCUGUUAUGGGCAUCAACCCUGAGACUGGAAAGUUUUGCAGCCACUUGGACUACUGGGACUCUAUAAAAAACAAUGAUUACUUUUCUUUAGAAGGAUUGUGGGAGGUGUUCAAGCAGCUAAGAAUUUACAAGACUCCUGACCUGGGAACACCCAAAUAUCAAAUACUGAAGAAAACGGCAAACUAUGAGGUAAGGAAGUAUGAACCAUUUGUAGUUGUAGAAGGAAGUGUAGACAAGCUCUCAGGCUCCACUGGGUUCAACGAUGUCACCGGGUACAUUUUUGGAAAGAAUUCCGCCAUGGAGAAGAUACCAAUGACAACUCCUGUCUUCACUGAAGCUUUUGAUUCAGAGUUAUCCAAUGUAUCCAUCCAAGUAGCUCUUCCACUUGACAAAGAUAUAAACAGUUUACCCAAUCCAAAUAAAGACACAAUAAGCUUGAGAAAGGUGGAAGGAGGCAUUGCAGCCGUGAUAAAGUUCAGUGGGAAGCCAACUGAAGAUGUUGUUUCAGAAAAGGAGAAAUUCCUGCGAUCAUGUCUCAUCAAAGAUGGUCUUAAACCAAGAGUUGGUUGUUUGCUGGCUCGUUACAAUGAUCCCGGAAGAACUUGGAGUUUUGUAAUGGUCAAAUAACUCAAACUCAAUAAUGAAGAAUCACAUUAAUUCAAACUCAAGACUUAAUAAGGCCUGUAUCGCAGCAAAAAAUAAACACACAAAUGGCAGGCACACAACUAGCUCACCAAAGUUUGAGGCUAAACACCGCCGUACCAAUCAGUGUUUGGCGACGGAGCUCCGCCGCCCCUAAUUACUGGGGUUUCCCAGUUUACAAGAGUUUGGAAAACAAAAGGCUAGGAGUCCUCAACUCCUCCAAGUUGACCGUUGGAUCAUUAGUGACGGUGCCAAAAUCAACGUUCAACGUGGAGGGAUUAGUGGAUUUUUUGUACGAGGAUCUGGGCCACGUGUUUGAUGAUCAAGGGAUUGAUCGAAGGGUCUACGAUGAAGGCAUAAGAUUCGAGGAUCCAAUCACCAAGUUCGAAUCUCUUAAUGCGUAUCUGUUUAACAUAAGUCUCUUGAAGACUGUUUUUAGGCCUCAAUUCCAGUUACACUUCGUCAAACAGGUUUAAGUGUACUGUUUUAAAUCAUUCGUAUUUUUCUUAUUUCUACGAUGGACUAUCUUGAAAAUAAAAAUAAGGAAAACAAAUAAUGGAAAUCAGCUGGUUCUAAUUUGACAAGGAAAAUGGAAAAAUAACAUAGCUCUAAUUUGAUAAUUGGAACGGUGGCAAUUAUUAGUCUUAAUAUUUGUAUUUCUCAAAAAAGAAAAAAAGUCUUAUUAUUGUAAUAUGGCAAUCGAAUAUAUAAUCUACUUCCAAUCUAACUUUUUAAUCUACAUACUGUAAUUAUUAGACAUUUAACGUUAACUCACUGAACUGAAUUGUUUGAAUUGAAUCUUAAGCAGCCUAUAGUACAAUACGUUAUUUAGAAUUUGUAAUGAGAAACGUAAAAUUUGAUCUUGGCAUUUGUGACUGAUUGAGAGGUUAAUUAAUUAUAUAU